GCAGCCGGGGGGGCACCGGCGGAAGCGCUGAGGGGCCCGACGUGGCGCGGGGAUGGCGGAGCUGAGGCGGCUGCAGCAGCGGCUGCGGGAGCUGGAGGAGGAGCUGGCCCGGGAGAGGGGCGGCCGGGGGGCGCCCAGGCCACGCAUCGAGGCCAUGAGCGCCGAGGUGACGGAUUCCAACCCCUACAGUCGCUUGAUGGCACUGAAAAGAAUGGGAAUUGUCCAAGAUUAUGAGAAAAUCCGUACCUUUACAGUUGCAGUAGUAGGUGUUGGCGGAGUUGGCAGCGUGACUGCUGAAAUGUUGACAAGGUGUGGCAUUGGUAAGCUUCUUCUGUUUGAUUAUGACAAAGUGGAACUGGCAAACAUGAACAGACUCUUCUUCCAACCUCAUCAAGCUGGAUUAAGUAAAGUGCAAGCAGCAGAGGAUACCUUGAGAAAUAUUAAUCCUGAUGUUCAGUUUGAAGUACAUAACUACAACAUCACAACACUGGACAACUUUGAACAUUUCAUGGAUAGAAUAAGUAACGGUGCGUUAGAGGAAGGGAAGCCUGUCGAUCUUGUUCUAAGCUGUGUGGACAACUUUGAAGCUCGCAUGGCAAUUAACACGGCCUGCAAUGAACUUGGACAAAUCUGGAUGGAAUCUGGAGUGAGUGAAAAUGCGGUGUCAGGACACAUACAGCUUAUCAUACCUGGUGAAUCAGCUUGUUUUGCGUGUGCUCCUCCGCUUGUAGUUGCUGCAAAUAUUGAUGAGAAAACGUUAAAACGAGAAGGAGUUUGUGCAGCUAGUCUUCCUACAACUAUGGGUGUUGUGGCAGGAAUUCUCGUACAAAAUGUUCUCAAGUAUCUUUUAAAUUUUGGUACUGUGAGUUAUUAUCUUGGUUACAAUGCGAUGCAGGAUUUCUUUCCAACUAUGGCGAUGAAGCCAAACCCACAAUGCAGUGACCAAAAUUGCAGGAAACAGCAGGAAAUUUAUAAGAAAAAGGUAGCUGCACAACCAAAGCAAGAAGUGACUGAGCAGGAAGAAGAAAUAGUGCAUGAAGACAAUGACUGGGGGAUCGAAUUAGUAUCAGAAAUUUCAGAAGAUGAGCUGAAGGCUGCGUCUGGUCCGGUACCUGAUCUUCCUGAGGGAAUUACUGUAGCAUAUACUAUACCAAACAAGGAAGAGAAUCCAGUAGCUGAAGAAACAGUGGCUGAAUCUGAAGAAAGCCUGGAAGAACUCAUGGCCAAAAUGCGAAACCUGUAGCAAAACAAAUACUAACCACAAAUUUGGGAGUUUGGAUUGACAUCAAAUCUUGAGUGGACUUUUUUUUUUUUUCUCCUCCAAUGAAGCUUAUCUUUACAUAUCUGAUUAAAUGGAACUGUUACAGAGGUGGGAAGCAGACAGACCUAACCUUGUUUAUGUUCUGUUGUAUAUUCUCAUCUUUAAGCUACUGUAAGUUUUAGUUUCUCAGCAUUGCUGAGUGCAGGUAAUCAAUGCAAAUUUAGAGAGGGAUAAAUUAAUAAAAGUAUGCAUAGCAUGUUAUAUGCAGAAUCAGGUUAUAAAAACACAUAGUUUAGGACACGUGAAAGAUGAAAUCUGCUGGCUGGAGUGGAUAGAGUAGGUCGAGAGCAGCUGACAGUGCCUCACUCAUACUGCUGUUUGUUUUUCCAUGCAUUUGUAUUAGUCGUUCACGGGACUUUAACAGAGCCUUUGCAUGGAUUGUGCUGUGGGUAUGUUUAGUGAGUAAAUGGACCUUUUCAGCCUUUUCAUCAGCCUUAACUUAUACAAAUUUCCCUGGUUUUGUCACUUCUUACUACUGCUUGUUCAUUGUUAGCUGCCUGUAUGUGAUAAUACUUUCAGUAUAUUGCAACCUAAGUCUUUUGUUGGUAGAUGGUCAUGCUGGUAGACUAGAUAUACUUCAGCUGGCAGAUGUUUUUCAUGGCAAAAUAGGUAAGAAUUCCAAGUAACACUGGAAUGCACAAGAGACUUUCUCUGUGAAAAUCAAAAUUUCUGGGGUUUUGUUGGUUUCUAAAAGAUUAGUUUGAUCUACCUCCAUAUGGGGGUAUAUUUAAAUCUGAGUUUACAUAGGAAAGCUUCUAAAAUUAGAUGCUCUAAACAUUUAGUGUUGCAGAUGUCUAAGUUGAGUUGCUGAUUUACUGUAUUUGUCUUGUAAAUAAUGUUAAUAUGGUAGUAUUAACUUUUAAAUUAUCCUGUGUUAAACUGACCUGUAAAUGUACAGUAUGUAGUGCCAGUAUCCUACAGACCUGGAAAUACCAACUUCAAAUAUUUUAACUGUUCUGGGUGUCUGAUCCAGAACAUCAUCACUGUUUAGAUGUAAUUUAGAAUGUAGGUUUUAGCAUCUGCAAUGUGAUACAAGUCUUUAUAAUUUGUGCUGUUCAAAAACCUUUUUACAGCAUGGUGCAGCUAACACAGAACUAGCUGAUACAUGUUAGUAGCCUUAUCCAACCAACAUAAAAAAGGGUAAUAUUUUGGAGGUGCUUCUGUUUCUUAGGGUAGCUUGAAUUAAUACUUAAAAAUUUAUUUCUGAUUUCUAAGCAACCGUAACAGGCUUCAAGACGCAUUUCCUCCAUAGCUAGCGCUAGAUUAUAUUAUUUAAACAAAAAUCAUCUUUGAAGUUGGUGAAGGUUUUUUUCUUGUUCUGUAAAAUGGAAGGUGUUUUGUGGAUUGAUUUCAGUUUUGGAGAAAACAUGUAAAAAAUGAAUUGUAUCAAGGAAAGGGAAACAAAACGAGAUCGUUAAAAAGGUACAUACUUGAAUCAGUGUCACUAAGUCUACGUUAGUGUGAUCUAAGUGUCAAUUUAAGCGUUACAUUUCUUUGUGAGAAACUACCUUUCUGUUGGGAACAGUCAAAGUGAGGCAUAUGUUUGAUGCUGAAGAUUGAGGCAACCAAAUGGUUGACUCAUUUCUACAUCAGCUUAGUUAAACUAGACUCAACUAAUUGACAGCUUUAUAAGAAGCAACUGUUUACCAUUUUACUUCAUGUACAGUUUCAUGACCAAAUUAAUACAUUUUCAUAUGUACAGAAUACGCAAAAUGGUUUUUAUGUUAAUUUCAGGUAUUCAACUUGCAUAUAUGAGAAAGAUCUGAAGUAGAAAAUACUGUGAGAAGACUGUAUGUGUCAAUAGUUAGAAGUAUUUAGAAAUAACAUCAGAGCAAACAACAAAAAAAGCAGCUUUAACAAUCUUUUUCCAAUUAAAAAGAUAUUUACAACUAUAAUCUGUUCUACCCAUAAAAUCUAAUGGACAAUUUAUGACUUUUGUUAUGAACUAAGAAAUCAGGCAUAUUGCACUGUUUUUCUCCAGCUUUGUUUUUUGGCAAUCUUGUAAACAAAGCUCUAAUUUUUUACAGUGUAUCAUGAAUGUUACUGAGAUGAUACGUAUGAUUAAAACGCUAUUGAAAUUGAAGACUUUCUGCUUUGAGGUGUUCAAGUAUUAAAUAAAUUGCAAAAUUUGGCUUAUA